CCGGUACAGAUCAGAAAAGUAUUGAAGAGUAGUCCAAAUGAUAUUUUUUUAUCUCUUCAAUAAAACCCUAAAUCUAACCUUCGGUUUCCAGAUCACCAACCAAUCCGAUCCACACUCAUCAUCUCGCCUCUCCUCUCCUCGCCUCGCCUCGCCUCGCCGUUUCUUCUCGAUUCUAGCUCGGUGAAAUGAGAGACGUCAAACUGAAACCUACUCAUCAACAACAAGAAGAAGAAGACGAAGAAGAGAAUCUAUCUUCGUCGUCCCUGAGCGUUAAAUCAACACCAGAGAUCGAGAAAAAGUACGUCCACCGAGUCUACGACGCCAUCGCCCCUCAUUUCAGCUCCACAAGGUACGCCAAGUGGCCCAGAGUCGCCGCCUUCCUCGAGUCGUUACCUCCCGGAUCCGUGAUCCUCGACGCCGGCUGCGGGAACGGCAAGUACCUGGGCCUGAACCCGAACUGUUUCUUCAUAGGAUGCGACAUAAGCGACCCGCUCAUCAGGAUCUGCUCUGAAAAGGGCCAGGAGGUUCUCGUCGCCGACGCGGUUAAUCUCCCUUACAGAGACGGGUUCGGCGACGCGGCGAUAUCGAUCGCUGUUUUGCAUCACUUGAGCACGGAGGAGAGGAGGAAGAGCGCGGUUGAGGAGCUGGUUCGGGUGGUUAAGCCUGGCGGGUUUGUGCUUAUAACGGUCUGGGCCGCGGAGCAGGAGGAUAAGACGCUGCUCACUAAGUGGACGCCGUUGUCUCCGAAGUAUGUUGAGGAGUGGGUGGGACCGGGUAGUCCGAUGAAUAGUCCUCGGAUGAGGAACAACCCGUGCUUCGGUCUUGAGAGCAUUCCGGAGAGUGACGUGAGCGUGAAGGAGCAGAAGGAGGAUGAGAAGAGUCUUGAGAGCAUUCCGGAGAGCGAUGAGAGCAGCACUAGAGAGGGUAUGAAGAUGAUGAAUCAGCAAGAGUACUUUGUUCCGUGGCAUUUGCCUUACCACCGUGCUGAGGUUAGUGGUGCGUCUGCUUCUGCACUUGCGAGUGGGCUUGCGAAGAAAGACGAUAGGAAAGGAGCUGUUGUGUACAAGAGAUACUACCACGUCUUCAGCGAAGGCGAACUUGAAAGGUUGGCAUCUGGAGUAGGGAAUGCAAUGAUAGUUGAUAGAUUUUACGACAAGUCCAAUUGGUGUAUUGUUCUUCAGAAAGAAGGUUUAAAUAAAGAUCACUGAAACCAGGCUCUUUGGCUUCAAACUCAGUUUUACCUUUUUUCCCAUCUUUCUGAAACUGGAACACUCCAUUGCAGUCACCACUGGAGGUUUUACCAUAUGUAAUUCAAGUUUUUUUUUUCUUUUUAUGGUUGUAGUUGAGAUUCUGUGGCAGCUCAUUUGUUGUGCAAUUUCGUUCAUUUGUAUAACAAAAGAAAAGAAAAAGAAUAGUGCAUUUUUUGCUUCCUCA